AUGGUAGUACAAGACAUGUUUUACUUCAACAAGGACAUUCUUGUUAUAAAGUCUCAGAAGAAAUCACCCAUGUUGUUAAGGAUGUCUUUGUUGAUGUUUUCAAUGGUGUGUGGUGUUUUUGUAUUCUAUGCUUGUUUGAAACAAACAAGUAUUCAUGCUAGAACUAUACUUCUUGAGUUGCAACAAAUUGAGAAGCCUUCUAGGAAUAUUUUCAACCUAUUAGACAUUUCUAACCUACAUUAUCCUAAUCCUGUGUCUUUUAAUAGGAGUGAGUGUGCUCAAAAUCCGAUUCGGUUGUUUGCUAUAUUGACGAAUCAAAGAUCGGGAAGUGGUUGGUUUGAGACCCUUUUGAAUAGUCAUAUGAAUGUAAGCUCGAACGGGGAGAUAUUUUCGGUUGCGGAAAGACGAGUAAAUGUAUCUACUAUAGUUAAGACUUUAGAUGAAAUUUACAACUUGGAUUGGCUCAAUAGUGCUUCCAAGAAUGAGUGUUCUGCUGCAAUUGGUUUGAAGUGGAUGCUUAAUCAGGGAUUAUUGGAGCACCCUAAGGAAAUAGUCGAUUACUUCAACUGCAGAGGCGUUUCCGUCAUUUUUCUUUUCCGGAGAAACUUGUUGCGCCGAGUGGUAUCGACGCUUGCCAAUUCGUAUGACCGUUAUGCUAAGCUAUUGAAUGGCACUCAUAAGUCUCAUGUUCAUUCUAAAGAAGAGGCUGAUACGCUUUCAAAGUACAAGCCUACCAUAAAUUCGACGUCGUUGCUGGCUGAUCUGAAUGAUAUGGAGAGAAAAGCUGCAACAGCACUAGAAUACUUCAACACCACAAGGCAUAUGAUUUUGUACUACGAGGAUCUUAUCAGAAAUCGAACCAAGCUAAAAGAGGUGCAAGAGUUUUUAGGAUUGCCGGUAAUAGAAUUAACGAGCCGUCAAGUGAAGAUACAUAAAGGACCAUUAUCAGAACACAUUAGAAACUGGGAUGAAGUUGCCAACAAGCUCAAAGGAACUUCUUACGAAAGUUUUCUACAGGCCGACUAUUCUUCAUAA